AUGGAUGUCCGGGAAAACAAAAGGGACCUGCGCUCCCAGCUGGCAGAGGCUAAACAACAGAUCCUAGACCUCAGGGAGAAGCUGAAUAUUUCGGAAUCGACGGCCUUCUCCCUGGCCAACCAGCUGCAGAAAUAUAAGUGUGAGGAGUGCAGGGACGUUCUGGAGGCUGUGCUGGGGGAGAGGCUGGAUUUCUGGGAGGAGGAGCGCGCAGAGACACCAAUCCUGGAGCACAAGCUCAGGGAAGCCAAUAUGGUCAUUAAACAACAGGCCCAAGAGCUCAACCAAUUGAGGCAGUUGUUGAAAGAGGGGAGAGAUGGCUCAUUUCUCCUAAAGGAACAUCUGAAGGCCCUCCUCUCACUAGACAAUCCUGACAACUGCCAGGGGCAGGGCCUACGUGAGCACCUCGUGGAGGGGCGCAGGCUGGCAGAGCACCUCGCCCGCACACUCAGCCCAGAAAACCAUGAAGAUGAGGAGGAUGAGAAAGAGCAAGAACCGCCAGCCCCCAGGCUGAUCAGAGAGGUCCAGGAGAAGGAGAAGAUGAAUGGAGUCCCACAGGACCCCCUGGAUGAUGGCCACCCGUCUUCUCCCAGUAACCAUGACCUGUGUGACACCCACCAGCCUGCCUGCACCAGUGCCAUCCUGUUUGCACCUCAAAGUGAUGAGAAGCAUGAGGAAGGACCAGAGCCCAUGGAGCCCAAGGGGAGGGUAGUGUCUUUCCUCGUCAGCGUGCCAUGUGGCCAGUGCACUGAGCACCUGCCCCUUCCUGAAACCCCCGUGGCCGCCUCCCUGAGCUGCAGCCAUAGGAGGGCUGUUUAUUCUUCCUGUUUCAAGGCUCAGCAGAGAGAAGGAGGAGAUGAAUCCCACCCAGCAGAUCUCCUGCGUGAGCAGCGUCUCACUCUCUCCAGUGGCCACGACUUCUCUGAUUCCUGCCACCCUUCCAACAGCACUGCCUUGCUGCCUGAUGAGGGAGAAGCCUGCUCCUCCCCGAAUAUAGCUGAAAGUCAAAGUGAGAACACUUGCAAGGAUAAGGAUGGAACAGAGCCGAUGCCCUCCAGCAGGGAGCUGUGGGAGGAGGACUCAGUGGACAAACUGGGACAGGAUUCCUUGAAUGCUUGCUACUUGUCACCUUCCAGCGGCCAAGAUUUCUUUGACACCUACCGGGCUCUGGACAGUCCUGCUUUCGUGACUGAUGACAUCUGGGCUGGUUGGGAAGCAGAGAAAAAACUACACGAUUCCAAGGAUGAGGAAGGACAGGAGCCAGCGGCCCCCAGGACAUACCACGUCCUCAUUCAGGAUCAGGCGCGACAGCUGACGCAGCUUCGCCAGAAGUUGCGGGAAGGAAGAGAUGCCUCCUCCUCACUCAGUCGCCAUCUCGAGGCCCUCCUCACACAGGAGGACAGUGACAGGUACCAGGAGGAACUGGAGGAGGGGCGUAGGCUCGCAGUAUGUCUUACCCGCAUGAUCAGCCCAGAAAAUCCUGCAGGUGAGGAGAGGGAGGAAGAAAAAGAACCACUGACCAAAAUGAGACACCAGAGCAGUGAAUUGGACUUCCUCAUCGAGGUGCAGGCCCGAGAGGUUACCCAGCUUGGCCACCUGUUGCAGAAAGGGAGAGAGGCUUCCUCCGUCCUCAGUGGGCAUCUCGAGACCCUCAUCACCCACGACCACCCUGAGGAUUCCCAGGGGCAGUGCCACCAAGAGCACCCGGUGGAGGGGUGCAGGCUGGCAGAGGACCUCGCCCACUGGCUCAGCCCAGAGAACUAUGAAGAUGAGGAAGAUGAAGAAGAUCUAGAAUCACUGCCUUCCAGUGUGCACAGUGACCUGCAGGAGGAUGCAGGGAGUAGAGGACUGUCACAGGCACUGACUGAGCAGGAUGUCCUUCCUGGUGCUGACCUGUCUGACUUCCAGGAACCAAUCAGAAGCACCGCAUCCCUGUCUGAGGAGCCUGAGGUCGGCUCUGUUCUGGAUGGAGCGGCUCCCAUGCAGCAGACCUGUCCCCAAGGGCCUUGGAGUGGAGACUUGAGCCUCUACGUGUCACAGAUGCACGACGGAAAGACACAGCUUCAGCCAAGCACCCUGGUGACCCACUGUCUGCAGCUGCAGCUGGACCAGCAGUGGGGUUCUGGCUGUGGCUUAGCCAGGCGGAGCCUCCACUGCGUCCCCUGGAGCCUGGCAGCCAGCCCUGACUCUGGGCACCAGUGGCUGCUCUUCCCAGGAGCCCAGCCAAGAUGCCCCUCACUGGCCCAGACAGUCUCUCCCCUGCUCGCUGGCCCGAGUCCCCUGAAACCGAGGAUGAGCGAGAGAAAGUUGCUGUCCAGCAAGUGGAGACUCACAUGUAGUUUCCCAGGCCUUCAACUGCGGGUGCAGAGGUAA